AUGGACUUGGUGGCCGUCGAGCAACUUUGCAAAAGUCUAUACGGGUCUGAAUACUACAAGCUGAAGCGACCAUUAUCACCACCGGCCGGUAUCCCAGAUUUGACGGAGGCGAAACGUGCCCGCCUGAAACACAGUGAUGGAUCGUCAGGUGAUGGUUCUUCAUCGUGCGCAAUGGAGGCUUCUUCCUCCCUGAAAGAUGUAGCCACGAGUCCUCCGAGAAAAAUUAUUUCGCUUCGAUCUCGAGUGAUUGCAGUCUCCAGCCCCUGCCAAAAAUCCCGACCAUCUACCGUAUCGUCAACGAAGAGUCGCGCGGUUACCUGGUCUCGAAAAACGUCGUUGGCAUCAAACAAACGGGUUUCAAACACAUCGGUCUCCACAAUGGACAGCGAAACUGGAGCGCGAUAUACAACUUCAGGAAAAUUAAACGAAACAGCUACAGAUAAUGCUGCUGAAACGGUGGAAGAAAUGAAAAGGCCAUCAGGAAGUCGCUAUAAACAACGAAAGAAACCUACAGCAAUUCCAGUAAAGGCGAAAAAGAGUGAAAUCGUCUCUGAAAUGAUCGUACGCACACAUCUACCCCCAAAACGGACGUUGUGGCAAAAAUACUCAUCACAAGCUGAGGAACCGGAGCACAGUAGGAGCAGCGAAUCGGAUAGCCGAAACAGCAGUACCAGUUGCACCAAAGCACCAAAAGGAGGGAAGCAUACGGUAGUCGCAGCACCGGCAGCUAAGACGAAGCGGGUUGAGGUGAAACCUCCGUCUAGCCACACUUCUCGAGCUCACAAAACAAGAAAACAAAACGAAGACCCAAGCCCCUCAGCCGCAAGUUCUUCUCAAAAAGGCAAACGACCAGACCAGGCGAUGAAAGUGCCCAGAAAACGUUUCACAACAAUCACACUCUCCUCUUCCAGCCCGCCACCAGUCAAAAUUAUCACCAUCCACCCGGUCCCCAAGGUCUGCCACGACAUCCAAGUGGACACCUUCCCCUCUAUCACCAACCCCCGCCCGCAAGGCGUCAGAUCCACAACAAGCAUCUAUUCGUUACUAUUCCUCCAAACUACCCCAAAGGGCUGUCCUCGCCCCGGCACCACAACGCCAAGUGGCAGCGGUGCGGUUCCGGGUGGGAAGUUGACGGAACUGAAGCGUGCGUCGCUACGGAUGCCCUCUAAGGCCUCGCGGUUGGCCGCAGCCGCCCAGGAAAGUUCAAGGCGGGCAGCUGACGCUGAGGCCAAUACCAGUUCAGCUCAAAAACCCGCUGAUUCAACCCAGAAAUCAGCGGCCGUUGUGAAGCCACCGACUACUCAAAUGCCGGUGGAAGACGCCAAGGAAAACCUUGACAAUAAUGGAAUCACUCCAAAAGUUCAAGGAACACCGAAAGCUCUCAGAAAAGCAUAUGGUUCUAAAAGCGGAACGACAAUCUGUGCAGUGGGCCAGCCCCUAGCUACUACUUCGUCUUCCACCACUGCUGGUGUCUCUCAACCAGCUGUAGGAGAAAAAGACGCCUCUCGACUAAUCGAGAAAAAGUUGUCGCUUCGCAAAAAGAAAACUGAACCCCGAAAAGAAGAAUUCAUUCCGGUCGUGCAAACCGAAGACUGUUCAAGCAAUGAUCGAGGGGAUGCAGACGAACAGACGGCUAAAAAGACGUUGAAUGCUGUUGCUGCGGCAUUUUCAGGGGAAGAGAAGAAGCCGAUUGUACAACCGGAAGUGCCGCCGGUGGAGCCUCCCAAGAAAGCUGCCAAUCCAAAUACAGCGUCUUUAUUAGCUCAGCUUCAACUACCUGCUUCGGUUUCUGCUAAAGUUGACAAGAUUAUUCAAGGCCAAGCGGUUCCACCUGAUAAAUUCCGGAGGUCAAAAAAUGUUCCGCCGACACCUCGUGGAUCUUCCCGCGAUUCUAACAAACCUAUCCUUGACGACAAAGAGGGGCACCUCAUCUACAAUGCCGGCGAUAUUAUUAGCAAGCGAUAUGUGAUCCAAGAUACCCUUGGCGAAGGCACUUUCGGAAAGGUCGUAAAAGUCAUCGACAAAGAGCGAACGGAUGCUACCCACCCUGAAGGCCGAUUUUUUGCCCUGAAGAUCAUCAAGAACGUCAACAAGUACCGAGAGGCGGCGAAACUGGAGGUGAAAGUGCUAAACGAGCUGAAGCAUCGGGAUCCCCAAGGAAAACAGCUGAUCAUCCAAAUGAUCGAGCAUUUCGACUACUUCGGCCACGUCUGCGUAUUGUUUGAUUUAUUGGGGCUGUCGGUUUUCGAUUUCUUGAAACAAAACAGCUUCCACCCGUAUCCCCUCGAGCAGGUGCGCUUCAUCGGGUAUCAGUUGUGUCACGCCGUGCUGUUUUUGCACCGGCACCGGCUGACGCAUACGGAUUUGAAGCCGGAGAAUCUGUUGUUUGUCAACACCGACUACGACACUGUACAAGGGAGACGGAAAAAGCCUAUCAACGUCAUCCGCGACGCUACCGUCCGAUUGAUCGAUCUCGGCUCCGCAACUUUCGAUGAUGAGCACCACUCGCAAAUCGUUAGUACCCGACACUACCGAGCCCCAGAAGUCAUCCUAGAACUGGGCUGGUCCCAACCCUGUGAUGUCUGGUCCAUUGGCUGCAUCCUCUUCGAGCUGUAUACCGGUGUAACCCUGUUCCAAACCCAUGAAAAUCGGGAACACCUCGCCAUGAUGGAACGGAUUCUUGGAAGUGUCCCAGCGCGAAUGAUCAAGCGAUCAAAAACAAAAUACUUCUACAACGGACGGUUGGAUUGGAGUGAGAAAUCGCAGGAGGGACUUUAUGUAAAAGAAAACUGCAAACCGUUAUUGCGCUACAAACAAAGCAACGAAGAAGACCAUAUCGAUCUUUUUGACCUUAUCGAUAUGAUGCUCACCUACGAACCCUCACAACGUAUCCAGCUCCAAGCCGCCCUCGAGCACAAAUUUUUCUGGAAAGUACCCCCGGAACACAAAAAACGCACCGAGGAAUUGCUGUUUGAGCCGAGACUAAACGCCCGUGUGAAUAACCGGAAGCUU